GUGCGCUUCAGACCGGCAGAUUAUCAGCUCAACGUGUCCUGUGGACGCCCUGAACGGACCGACUAUUUGCCCUUGAGCGGACGGGACUCUUAUACUUCCACCUGCGGCAGGACAGACUCGUCAACCGUCUCUUUUCUUUUUGAAAAACCUUUUUUCAUUUUUUAAUAAAGGCGUGUUCUGCGCAGCUCUUGAGUCCCCGAGGAAUGCCCAGGGAGCUGACACAGAACAGGAUCCAAAAGAUCUGGGUUCCCACCAAGGAUGACAAGCCGGCGGCGCCCCGGAGAGCAACGGGGGCCCCCCAUUUUGCCAACCCCCAGACCGUCAUUGUGAUGGUUGGCCUGCCAGCUCGGGGGAAGACGUACAUCUCCAAGAAACUCACCCGCUACCUCAACUGGAUCGGCUUACCCACCAAAGUCUUCAACGUGGGAGAGUAUCGCAGGGAGGCAGUCAGGAACUACAGCUCCUUUGACUUCUUUAAGCCUGAUAAUGAAUGUGCCGUGAAAAUCAGGCAACAGUGUGCCUUAGCAGCCCUGAGGGAUGUCAAAUCCUAUUUGAAGGACGAGGGAGGUCACGUAGCGGUCUUUGAUGCUACAAACACGACAAGAGAAAGGCGAGACAUGAUCCUGACGUUUGGCAAUGAAAAUGGCUUCAAGAUCUUUUUCAUCGAGUCUGUGUGCGACGAUCCCAGCGUCAUUGCGUCAAACAUUAUGGAAGUGAAGGUGUCGUGUCCAGACUAUCGGGACUGCAACAAGACAGACGCCAUGUUGGAUUUCCAGAGGAGAAUUGAAUGCUACAAAACCAGCUACCAGCCUCUGGACCCCGAUCGGCAUGACAAGGAUCUCUCCUUCAUCAAGGUGAUUGACGUAGGUCGAAAGUUCCUCGUGAACCGAAUCCAGGAUCACAUCCAGAGUAAGAUCGUCUACUACCUGAUGAACAUCCACAUCCAGCCCCGGACCAUUUACCUGUGUCGGCACGGUGAGAGCACCGACAACCUGGAGGGACGGCUCGGUGGUGACUCCGGCCUCUCACCACGGGGAAAACAGUUUUCUGUUGCGCUGGCUCGGUUUGUGGAGGAGCAACAGCAGCAGGAUCUGAAGGUCUGGACCAGUCAGCUGUGUCGCAGCAUCCAGACCGCCGAGCACCUGGGAGUUCCGUACGAACAGUGGAAGGCGCUCAAUGAGAUCGAUGCUGGGAUCUGUGAGGAGAUGACGUACGAUGAAAUGAAGGAGAAGUUUCCAGAAGAGUUUGCUUUGAGAGAUGAAGAUAAAUACUACUAUCGCUAUCCUGCUGGAGAGUCCUACCAGGACCUGGUCCAGCGAGUGGAGCCCGUCAUUAUGGAGCUUGAGAGGCAGGCGAAUGUUCUGGUUAUUUGCCACCAGGCCGUCAUGCGCUGCCUGCUCGCCUACUUCCUAGACAAGAGUGCAGAUGAGAUGGCGUACCUGAAGUGUCCACUCCACACCGUGCUGAAGCUCACCCCUGUCGCUUAUGGCUGCAAAGUGGAGUCCAUCUCUUUGAAUGUGGACGCAGUGAACACCCACAGAGACAGACCCGAGGAGGUCAAGAGAGGUCCUGGCACUUUGAUCAGGAGGAACAGCGUGACUCCUCUGACCAGCCCCGAGUCAAUCAUCAAGAAACCUCGCAUCGAUGACCUGGACGAAGCUCCGAUCCAGGAGAUGCCACCGUCUGUUUCCUCUCUGGCCCUCUGCAGCCCCUCACACCUCCCUCUCACCCUGACUGGAAAGCACUGGCUGGGCAAAGUUUGCCUACGAACCACACUCCACUAUCUGAGAGUGGUUUUGCUCUUAGUCCUCCAAAGAACUUGAGGAGGAGCUCGUCUGGUCGCCAUGACGUCCUGCAGCUCUGCCAAUGAAAUUGCACCGAUGUGUCGCGAGGCUCCAGCGGCCAGCGAGAGUAUCACUAAUGAACACAAACAAAAACAGCAUCUCAGUCGUGGACGUCACCUUUUAUUGUUUAUUGUUUUCCCCCAUGUUACGUCAGACAGAUGAAUCUGUGUUUUAUAAACUGGGGUGUGUACACCUCAUUCAGUUUGAAGGAAGGAAUCACACAAUUAUCAAAAUGAAAUGGCCUUCAGGGAAACUGGUUAAAAACCUGACCCAAUUGUCAACCAGGUGUUCAUGUUUGUAUUGUUGAUGAUCAGAGGCAAAUCAGAUUAUGUUUCCACUGUAAACUUUAAGUCCAUGUUUUUCCAGAAUUUGGCAUGUUUUGAUUUAAUUGACACUACAAAAUGAGGUGAUUUGCACAGAAGGGAUAUGGAUCUGUAUUUUAAACCUUUGUUUGGUUUAUGCGUCACUGUCUUUUUUUUUUUCACAAUGAAGGGGGUGAUUUGUCUUUUUCUUUUUUUUGCCAUAGAGUGCCUGUAGUGCUUGUUUUUCCAAGCCUGUCACUGCUUCUCUUGCUAUUUCUCUUAACUCGAUUGCUUGAGGAGAGGCACCACAUUUCACCUAAUAACUCCAUGUCACAGUUAUAUUAUUUAUUUUUUAUCUGGUGUAGUUUCAGUGCUAAAUAAUAUCCUUGUAAAUGUUAGUGUACAUACAGGAAAGGACUCUUAAGUGUCUUUUAAUGACUGAAGUGUUAUAGUUUUUGUACUAAUGUGUUGGGUCUGAACGCAGAACGUCUGCUGGGGUCAAAGCUGCUGUAAACUCUUUUGCUCGAGAUACUUGAAUUAUUAUUUUUUUUUAACUAUUUUAUUAUUCUCUUAAUUUAUUUGUAUGUAGUUUUUGAACGAGUGCUUGUUUUAAUCUGAGUACUAUGCAUGAAAGAGAGAGAGAGGAUGAGAUGUUGUUCACUUGACUUUGCUGGACUAAUAAAUUCACUCCAGAGAAAAAA